AGCAAAUUAAAGGUGCUAGACCGUACAAGAGAAGAUAGAAAAAGAGUGCUUGUUGAUGGAGCUCAAGACUCUUGUUUUCAAGGAGCUGAUGAUGAGAGGUGCAGAGAAGGUCAGACUGCCAUCAUUUUUCUCAUUUCUGCAGUCUAUUUGCUUUUUUGUUUCGUUUUUUUUUAAAUGUUAGUGAGGGUAAUCAGCUUGUUUAUUCAAUUUCCCCCCAAGAAGAUCUUCACAAUAAUUUCUCAGUUUACCGAAAAUACAUCAUACAUAUGCGUCCAGAUGAACUUGGUCGACGAACCGGCCGGGCCAUUUCUCACGCUUAGCCUUGGGCCGACGAACGCGAUCGGCGCAAGUUGCCGCGCCACAGGAGGGGACAUCGCUGCAAAGCUGCGAGCGCACGCCGGGGACGACGAGGUGACUCCCACCGCCGGUCUGGCCCUUGGGCUGCGCUGCGACAGCGGCGAGCCACCAGUCCGCGCCGUCGUCUCCGCCGGCACCAAGCGGCAGAGGGCGGCAAGCGACGACCAUCAGCACGGCACCAGCGGGGCCAACAAGCGGAAGGCGCUGAUGCUGCCGGCGCCGCCGCAGCAGGAGAGGCCGGCGGACCGCGUCUCCUUCCGGGCGCGGAGCAGCGCGGCGACGGUGAACGACGGGUGCCAGUGGCGGAAGUACGGCCAGAAGGUGGCCAAGGGCAACCCGUGCCCGCGCGCCUACUACCGCUGCACCGGCGCGCCCGACUGCCCCGUCAGGAAGAAGGUGCAGCGGUGCGCGGCGGACAUGUCCGUGCUGGUCACCACCUACGACGGCGCCCACAACCACCCGCUCACGCCCUACGCCGCCGCGAUGGCGUCCGCCAUUCUCGCUUCCGCCGCCGCCGCCUCCUCCUCCUCCUCCUCCUCGUCUGCACCAGCGGACGCGACGGGCACUGCCACGGCCGCUCGGGCGCGCGACGCGCCGCUGCUCGUAGGGCCCGUGGCCGUGCUGCCGCCGCGACGCUAUCCAUCGAGCGGCGCCGUGGCUUUCUCCGGCGGCGCGCCGGCUGCGGCGUCGAGCCAGAACGUCGUCCCGGUGGCCAGCAUCAUGCAGAAGGCGGUCGCCGACCCCAAGUUCCGCGCGGCGGUGAUGGCCGCCGUCGCGAGCUACGUCGGCGAGCAGUGCGGUGGAAGUGCCAUCAACGACUUGUUGACCUCGGCACCUCCCUGCUAACCGAUGCGAUUGACGAAUAAAUGAGGAUGUAAAAAGUUGUGAGAUUGAGAUAUAGGUGAAGUUGAACCUGAUUCGACAACACCUUGGCUAGAAGCUAUGGACUCAACUCGUGAUGAAGAUCGAGCACCUUCAAUUGCAGCUCCUCUUCCAAAGGGAAACUAUAGUUGGCUUCAUAUGGAAUACUGAGAUUGAAAUUGCUGACCGAACGGAGGAGAAAAAAUUGAACUGUGAUGGCCAGUAUCCUUGGGUGGAUUGGUUGCUUGUGUCUCAUGGCUCUUGAGAAGAGAAGUUGAGAAGAGGAGUUUGAAGGAUUGAAUGGUUUUGAUCAUCCAUUGAACUGUUUAGGCUGUACCUUUUCCUUUUCUAGAGAUGGUGGUGGGAUGCUUUUUUCCUUAAGAUGAUGGUUGUUCGAUUGGCUUCGGACUUUUUGUUUGGAUGUGUUGAGUUGUACGU